CAAUUAAUACUCCAUUGCCGAUAACUUCCUUCCUUAACCAAAACCAUCCAUUUCCCUUUCUUCUUCUCUCCCUCCAAGAUAGAUGCCUAUGGCGGUGCCGUCGACCCUGUAUCUGCUUGUUCUCUUCUUGGUGAUUCUUCCGGCGGCCAAAUCCCAACGGAAUCAGCCGAUGCGGCUGAGAUUUGGCAAAAAAGGAGAGUUUAAGAUACUACAAGUGGCGGAUAUGCAUUACGGGGACGGGAAAGCCACCCCAUGUGAGGAUGUUCUCCCCAGUCAGUUAGCUUCCUGCUCUGACCUCAAUACCACCGCCUUCGUUCGCCGGAUGAUUCUGGCGGAGAAGCCUGAUUUCAUCGUUUUUACUGGGGAUAAUAUCUUCGGAUUUGACGCAACGGAUGCGGAAAAAUCUUUAGAGGCGGCAUUUGGUCCGGCAAUUGCGUCCAACAUUCCAUGGGCAGCUGUUUUGGGGAACCAUGACCAAGAAUCUACUCUUUCAAGGGAAGGAGUAAUGAAGCAUAUUGUGGGCUUGAAAAACACUCUCUCAAGGGUUAAUCCUUCAGAGGUAAACCCGAUUGAUGGCUUUGGGAACUACAAUCUGGAGGUUGGUGGCGUUCAGGGCUCUGCUUUUCAGAACAAAUCUGUUCUCAAUCUCUAUUUCCUUGACAGUGGUGAUUACUCCACAGUUCCUGGGAUCUUUGGGUAUGGCUGGAUUAAAGCUUCUCAACAGUUUUGGUUUCAGCUUACUUCUGCCAAGCUCAAGAGGGCAUACAUGAGCAAGCCAUUGCCCCAGAAGAGUGCAGCACCUGGGUUAGCAUACUUCCACAUACCAUUGCCUGAGUUUUCUCGUUUUGAUGCAUCAAACUACACUGGUGUGAGACAAGAAGGGAUUAGCUCUCCUACCGUGAACUCUGGUUUCUUUACCUCCAUGGUGGAAUCAGGGGAUGUGAAAGCAGUGUUUACAGGUCAUGACCACCUCAAUGAUUUUUGUGGGGCUCUUAAUGGGAUUAACCUUUGCUAUGCUGGAGGAUUUGGGUACCAUGCUUAUGGCAAGGCUGGGUGGCCGAGGAGAGCUCGAGUGGUGGUGGCUAACUUGGAAGCAACAAGCAAUGGAAAUUGGGGAACUGUGAAAUCCAUCCGAACCUGGAAGCGCCUUGAUGACAAACAUCUCACGGCCAUUGACGCUCAAGUUCUUUGGAGCAAAACCUCUGUUGGUAACCUUCUUACUCCUUCCUUUUUUUUCUUGCUAACCUCUGCGUUUAUCUCCAUCAUAACUUGUUUAUCACUCCAUUUUAGAAGUAGGGAUGUUUGGCAAUGGUCUAGACCAUUGUGGAAAGGUUCCAUACCACUUUUAAAGUGAUUUUCAGUCAAUAAC